UCUUAUUUAUAUCAAUUACUAGUCAAAAUGAGAGAUAAUAUUUCAAAAGCUGUGCCAAAUGGGACAUUCAGCUGACUGCGCCCUAGAUGAAGGAGAACGUGAAAUGGGACAUGUUAUGGUUGAUUGGGCAGACAUGUUGUUUCCGAAACAUGUUUGAACACUUAAAAUUACGGAUGAUGUCACAAAUUCAUGUCUAGAUAUUGAGAUCUUCGGCGACCUAAAUCCACGCCCUUACGUUAGGCUAACUGCCAUAAAUGGGAUGAUUGAUAGCGUAGGGUUUUGAUGAUAGUGAAUGUCGUCCAGACAAAACUGCUAACGUAGAAAAAGACGUAGUGACAUUUUGAACAGAAAUCCAUCACACUAAAGAAGCGCUGAACAGAAAGAAUAUUUUCAGUAAUACUUGCAAUAUGAUAUCAGAAAUGUCAGAGGAAUCAACGCGGCAUAUUUUGUCCGCAGACGCCAUCCAGGAAGUAAAUGACGACACAGAAGCAGACGAUCGGCCGGAAUCUCCUGCUAGGCUCAGCGUUCAGGCGGGCAACACGUACCAAGUGCCCCAAAUGAUGUCAAAGGAAGAAGAUCACCCGAAAACCAUGCGUACCCCUUCAAUGGCAGAAAUCCUUGGCAACAGGAAAGCAACGUUGGCAGCAGCGUUGUUGCUGCUUAUAUACUUUCUCGUCUGUCUGUCCAUGCGAGUUUCCGUGGCUACAGCCGGAGGUUUCUUUCUGUCACAUUAUUUGAGAAGCAUGAAUGCCACUUUAGCAAUAAGUAAUGCUUUCUUUGAUAAAUUGAUUAUGCUGGGAGCUACUAAAAGCUUUUCACUGUUAUGUGGUCUUGCAGCAGACGUCUGGUUCGGUCAUUUCUUCAUGAUUAUAUUUGGAUUCGUGGUGUCAUUUGUGGGUUUGCUGUUUGUUGGUGUCCACUUUGCUCUGCCGAUAAAGGUGUUCCCGGUGGUGGCGAAGGAUCUUGGAUUGACGGGGUUUGUGUUGUGUGGCCUUGCCAGUGCCUGCUUCUACCCCGUUUUCCCUGUCAUAGGUGCAAAUUAUUUUCAUCGCCGGAACCACAAGAACGCGUUCCUGCACUGGCUGAUAUUUGCGGAAAAAUUGAGUGAAACCAUCGUCAAAGUGCUCUUCGCUAUACAGUAUCUCUACCACGAUAUUUACCAAGACUCGUGGCAAAUGUUCCUCGCCGCCCCAGCAGCGACUAUGCUGGCCUUUAUAUUCUUCAUGGUUGGCAAAGGGUCUUGGCCAAUAACUCGUAAAUCAGGGAGCCAGUUGCUACGUGGAGUUCGGGCUACCAUAGAACGGUUGCGAGGACGGCAGCAAUCCCCUCGUCAAUCUUACCACGGCCUUGCGGGGAACAAGUCCUCCUCCAGUUUCCACUACAUCGGCGAAACCAAAAUGUUGAUCAACAUUUUACUGGUUAACACUUGUAUACUUUGCGUAGGAACAGUCACGAUCCAGACAAGCGCAAUGUUUCAACUGCAGGGUGCCCAGUUAAUACAUUUAUCUAACACUACCUACGACGACAUCAACCCGGCUUACAUGGAAGGUUUCACUGCUUUGACCCUUCUGAUCGUCAUCCCUGUAUUUGCCUUCGUACUCAGCCCCCGGUUGGUGAUAAAAGGAGGGUUUUAUUUUGCUAGCUAUUUUAAGAUGGGUAUUGGGAUGGUGUGUGGCAGUCUUUCGGUUGUGGCCUUUAUCCUAUUACAGCAGUAUAUUGUGGACAUGUACCCUGACGGGGACAAGACUGGGUAUGCGCUGUUCUAUCAGGUUCCACAGUACGCCCUGGUCAGCGUAGCUCAGGUCACCCAUAUAGCAGCGUUGGAAUACAGCUACCAGGGUGCGCCACAGAUGCUGAAGUGUGUGUCCGUUGCCAUCUACGAACUAGCCAUUGGACUCUCAUUCUUCGUCACGCUGAUUGUCGAGAAGAUAAACCUAACCAAUGAAUCAAGUCGGUUCGACCCAUACGACGUAAGAGAUGAUAGCAUGGAGUACACCAUGACAAUAUUCCCACUGGUUGUUUCCACACUCGGCGCAUGCGUGUUUCUCGCCCUGGCGGUGCGGGCGUACCGUCAAUACUCUGGAGCCUCGAAACAGUACAGUCCGCGGUACAACCAAGUCCGCUAUGGGAGUAUAGUGGUAGGCAAGGCAGGCAAUAAUGAAAACGCCUCGUAAAUAUCGAGAAAGCAAAGAAAUACAAUACACGAACAAUGUGAGUGACUUUGCAAAAUGGAGUUAUCUACACAAAGUGCGUAACGAACUGUACACCAACAAGCACGUAAUACACGCCAGUAAUAUAUUUUAAUAUAAUUAGAAACAACUAUUGAUGUCAUUAUGAAAUUGACAUGUAACAUUAGGCAUUGCAAACUUUGUUUUUGUAACAUGAGGCAUUGCAAACUUUGUUGUUUUUUUUUUAAACUUAAAAGUUAAAACUUAAAAGAGGAAACAAAGCUGAGCAGUGUUGAAAAGCUGUGUUGAACAUUGAAUUCGUGCAGUUGGACAACGUCAUUCGCACUGAUGAAUAACAUGAAUACAUUUAGACAGAAUAAGAGCUUGAUUUUUUCUAAGUUUGACGACCAGUUUGAUUGACGUGAUCUAUCUAUAUUCCUUGUUAACGCAUGAUGAGGACCAAGAUGACGGCUGACACAUUGUGGGGACCAAGAUGGAAUGGUAGAUUCGAAGAUUCGACGUCCCUCCCCCCCUCCCCCCAUCUGUAAAUUUUUUUUUUCAUUCCCAUGUCCUUCAUGUUAUUAUAUCAAUUGCCUUCGCCAAAUGUUAUGACGCACAUGAUAUUCAUCCUUUUGAGCACCUCCUUUAGCAAACCCCUAAACCCAGUGUGACAAGAAUGGUAGUCCUAUAGCUUUAACUUUUAGUUCGGGUCCCAUUAUUGUUAGUACAGGUGAGAGUUAGUCGUAUUAUUGGGCUUAGUAAAUGAGAUGAAUGUUACCUGUACAAAGUGAUGGAGAAGGAACUACGAACCCUAGCGGACUAUUUUAA